AUGAAUCAGACGUCUCGAACUGAUGAACCCUACGAGGGCGACGAUGGACUCAACCAGAGUCCCAAUGCUUUGUCCAACGACCUGACCACCAAUCAGGAUCUCAACGGCAUCGCCAAUUCCCGAACCAGACGGGGAUCCUCCGAUGAAGACGGAUCCAUGGACGACACUGGUCAGGGAAUCAUCCAAGUGGCGGCCCCCGUGCCAGACCGGGACCGCGCCCUCGAUGCGCACCCAAAACUGGCCGCGGCAGCGCAUGGUGAUAAUAGCGCUAGCGGUCAGUCGCCUGCGACCAAGCAGUCGUCCACCUCCGGGACGGCGGUCCAGGUGCCCCACGACGACCUCCGUCAAGGCGGUGCCGACACUACUUCUACUGAUGUGUCGGCCUCCGCGAAGGAUGGAGGAAGUCCUCUUCGCCGGCUCAAGCACGUCUUCCUCACCUUUGGAAAGUUUGUUGGGCCUGGCUUCAUGGUGUCGGUGGCCUACAUCGACCCUGGAAACUACUCGACUGAUAUAGCGGCUGGAGCUUCAUAUCAGUUUCGACUCUUGUUUGUUGUUCUCAUGAGCAACCUGUUUGCCAUCUUGCUGCAGAGCCUUUCAGUAAAGCUAGGAACCGUCACUGGAUUGAACCUUGCCGAAGCGAACCGGGCCUAUUUGCCUAGAUGGCUGAACUAUUUCCUGUACGGCAUGGCAGAAAUCGCCAUUAUUGCAACUGAUAUUGCCGAAGUCAUUGGAACGGCAAUUGCUUUGAAUCUGCUCAUACCCCAGCUACCAUUGGUCGCCGGAUGCGCCAUCUCCAUCCUCGAUGUCAUGGUGCUACUCUUCUUCUACCGUCCUCAAGGAUCCAUGAAGGGUCUGCGCUCAUUUGAGGUCUUUGUCAUGCUUUUGGUUCUUGCAGUUGUGGUUUGCUUUUGCAUUGAGCUAUCACACAUCGAAAACACCAGCGUCGGUCAAGUCAUGAAAGGCUAUCUCCCAAACAAUGCCGUCAUCCAGGGCGAGGGUCUGUAUCAGGCUUGUGGUAUCUUGGGCGCGACCGUGAUGCCACACUCGCUAUACCUAGGGUCUGGCCUUCCGCAGCGACGACUGAUGGACUAUGAUACCCGCAACAAUCUCAUGCCCGCCAAUGCUACGACUAGUCCCGAGAGCCUUAGCGACAGCAAGGAUUACGACAAGGUCUUUUACGUUCCCUCUAUGCGCGCCAUCAAGCACUGUCUCAACUACUCGUACGCCGAGCUUGCUAUUUCAUUGUUCACGUUUGCAUUGUUUGUCAACAGUGCCAUUCUGAUCGUUGCUGGUGCGAGCCUGUACGGGAACACCGAGGCCCUCGAUGCGGACAUCUUUGGCAUCCACACCCUCUUGACUUCCAGCCUUGGUACUGGCGCCGGGACGGUCUUUGCGUUGGCGCUUUUAUUUUCGGGUGUCUCCGCGGGUAUCGUGUGCACCAUAUCCGGUCAGAUGGUUUGUGAGGGGGCGCUAAAGUGGAAGAUGAAGCCAUGGCUCCGCCGCUUGAUUACCCGCAGUAUCAGCAUCACGCCAUCCAUCAUCAUAGCCGGUGCUGCUGGCCGCGAGAAGCUCAGUGCUGCGCUCAAUGGAAGCCAGGUUGCACUCUCUAUUGUGCUGCCCUUUGUCUCCGCGCCCCUCAUAUGGUACACGUGCUUCAACAAGUACAUGACUGUGCAGCCGGGUAUGGCGAGAUUCUACAAAGAAGGCAGCAAUGACGACGAGUUUCGCGGCUCGAGCAGACACAUGGAUUCUCGGGAUGAGGAGGAAGGAGUCGAUGGCGUGUCCGGACUGGGAGAGUUGGUCAAGAUGGGUAAUGACUGGUGGGUCUGCAUCCUGUCGGUUCUCAUUUGGCUGGUCAUUACCAUCAUGAACGUGGCAAAUCUGGUCCUCCUUGGCGUGGAGAACUGA